AUGAAAAUGAUGAUUGUUGCCGUUCUUGCCCUUGUGGCCGUCGCAUCCGCCGCAGUGGCCAACGUAAAGCCCGAAGGCGAACCAGUGUAUGUUGUACCUCCACUGACUCUUCGUUCUGAGUCAAGUCAACAACCCGAUGGAAAUUACGCCUUCAGCUUUGAGACCGAGAAUGGCAUCAACCGCAACGAAAAGGGUGAACCGAAGGAAGUCCUUGACGAGGACAACAAGCCCAAGGUUGUCGUCACUGUCCGCGGCGCCUACUCUUACCCCACCAACGAAGGCAAAAUUGAGACUGUUAACUACUACGCUGAUGAAAGUGGCUACCACGCUGAAGGUGACUCAAUCCCCAAGGUCGCCCCGUCAAGAAGAUAA